AUGGCUUUGCCUAGUCCAGACAUAUGGCAGUGGGCCUUCCUAAUAUUGUGGCUCCAUCGUUACGUCAGAUUCAUCGUCAAUACAAUCAGCCAUUGGGUUUACAGAACAGUGCCAAUCCCUUCCAAUCCUUCUUUCACAUCCAAAGACGUGAGCGUCAUAAUACCUACGAUCCAUAACAAUUUCGAUGAGUUGAGAGAUUCUCUGCAGAGUAUCCUCGCAUGUCAACCAGCCGAGCUUAUUCUUGUCACGACAGCCGACAAAUACCAGAAGCUGCAGUACUUCUCCAAGUCCUUGGAAGCCAACAAUGUCAGUGUGUACUUUGCACCAAUCGCCAACAAACGAAUUCAAGUAUGCGAAGUUAUUCCUAAAGUGAAGACGCGCAUCUUGGUUAUGGCAGACGACGAUGUCACGUGGCCAAGAACAAUCCUACCCUGGUUACUUGCACCUUUCGAGGAUGCAAAGAUUGGUGGUGUUGGGCCAUGUCAACGAGUCAAGCGAGUACGCGAGGGUACCUUUGCCGAGCGUGCCUUCAAUUGGCUUGGAGCUGCUUAUAUUGAAAGGCGCAACUUUGAAAUUUCGGCUACCCAUGGUAUUGAUGGUGGAACAUCCUGCAUGUCUGGGCGAACUUGUGCAUUCAGGUCCGAGAUUCUGCAAAGUCCUCUUUUCUUGGAUGGAUUCAAGACUGAAAGAUGGGGUCAAUAUCAACUCAAUGCAGAUGAUGACAACUUUGUCACGAGAUGGCUUGUCGCAAACCAAUGGUCGACUUGGAUUCAAUACAAUCGAGAGUGCGAGAUUGAGACGACCCUGGAGAAUAAUUUUAAAUACUUGUAUCAAUGCUCGAGGUGGGCUCGCAGCAAUUGGAGAAGUAACUAUACCAGCUUAGUCACCGAGAGACAUGUUUGGCAUCAACAACCGUGGUGUGUGUAUGCUUUGCAUAUUGCCACUUUUACCUCCCUGUCCUUCGCCUUUGAUCCUCUCAUCAUCUUCCUUUCAUUCAAGGCUACUGCAUCUUGGUCUUCGCACCAUCAAAUAAUUGCAGUAAUUGCUCAAUUGGUAUUCAUGCUUAUAACAAAGGUUGUGAAGUUGAUCGGUCUUUUCAUUCGAGAACCAAAAGAUAUUGGAUUUCUUCCCGUCUCCAUUCUGUUUGGAUACUUUCACGGAUGGAUAAAACUGUAUGCACUGCUGACACUUCGGAUGACUUCGUGGGGUAGCCGUGCAGACGGAGAUGCCAAUGAUAGCCACCGUAUGAGUCCUCGGGCGCGCCGCAGCGAAAGCAUCACACUUCCACCGGGCAACCACCCCGGCCUCGUCCGCUACAAAGACGAGGUACAAGUGGGAGCACCAGAGACAUUCGAGAAAUCACAUCACACCUCCUGUUCCGAAAAAUCUAGUUGCGCAAUUGCACCGGAGCCUGACCUCUACCCCCGCCUGGAUGAUGUAUACGAUGAAUUUUUCAUCGACGAGAGCAAUCUCGACUCAGCUUCCGACACCUCUUACGAUCCAAACGAUUCCCAUGAUGAUGAUGUCUUUCUUUCUCAUUAA